AUGGCCAAGUGCCAAUUACUCCAUGUCAAGUGUAUUGCUCUUCCAUUUACUGAUGGCCAGUAUCAGCAGGGAAGCCACGGAAAUAGAUCUGAUGGGGAUACUGCUGCUGCUGGACUGAAAGUUUGCACAGUUAUUUGGGGAGCGAACAGCCCGUGA